AACCCUCCUACGCAAAUCCCAAUCCUUCACGCAUCCUCUCCGUAACGGAGAUCCAGUUAAUCUCCGAUCAAAGUUUCUGCAGAAGCGCCGAUCAUAUUUAUUUAGUUUCUGUCACGAGAAGUUAAUCGUAACAAUGGCUCGCUCGUUCUCGAACGCUAAGCGCCUCUCAUCUUUCUUCGGCGACCAGCUUUCCGUUGUUAUUUCCAAGCGUGGACUUGCUGCUGCCCCACAGAGCGGUGCAUUGGGCGGUGGCGCUGCAAUGAUGAAGAAAGGAGGUGAAGAAUCGUCGAAAUCGGCUUCUAGACUUCCAGAUCCUGCUGUAACCGGGAACCUCAGGCCAGAAUUCCGAUCGAACCAGGUUUACUCUUUUUUGAACUACACCCAUCCGUUCUCUUCUCAUGUGAAUGUUUACAAGUCACAGAACCCUUCGAUGUUCUCCUUUUACAAUAGAUUCGCUACGGUUGCGGCUCCGUAUGUUGCGAGCCCCUCAGCUAGUCACGCUCGCCCUUUAUCUCCCCAUCUUUCUAUCUAUAAGCCGCAGUCUUCUUCGAUGUUUUCCAUUUCUAAUAGGAUCGCUGCGUGCUUUCUAUCCGCCGUGUCAUUGUUGUUCUAUCUUAUCUGUAUGAAAACUGGUUUGAUUUGCUUCACCUACAAUAGUUUCUAUCAAAUCUUCUUUGGAUUGGCUGGGUUCACCGAGUUGAUUUGCUAUUCCUCAAUUCCUCUCAUCCUUCUCCACAUCCUCCAUGCAGUGAAGCACUAAACUUACAAAGGAAAAGAAAACGAAUCCUCAAAUCAAAAGAGCUAUACAUGAUGUUGGAUUUUCAUGUGUACUUCAUGGAUGGUAGUGUCUGUUGUUUCCUUGAUUUCCUGCAAAGUAAUAAGUAUAUGCAAACCUCUAGUAGUUUUUAUCUUUUCAUUGGCUAAAUAAGUGUAUGCUAUGCUUGUUUAUAGCAAAGUAAAUGAUUUGUAUGGAACAAGAAUUCUUUUUGCUCA